AUGUUAGCUCGUACUGCUGCUAUUCGUUCUCUAUCGAGAACUCUAAUUAACUCCGCCAGAGCGGCAAGACCUGCUGCUGCUGCUCUGGCCUCCACCAGAAGAUUGGCUUCGACCAAGGCCCAACCCACAGAAGUUUCCUCCAUUUUGGAGGAAAGGAUUAAGGGCGUCUCCGACGAGGCCAAUUUGAACGAAACCGGUAGGGUUCUUGCCGUCGGUGAUGGUAUUGCCCGUGUCUUUGGUUUGAACAACAUUCAGGCCGAAGAAUUGGUCGAGUUCUCCUCUGGUGUCAAAGGUAUGGCCUUGAACUUGGAACCAGGUCAAGUCGGUAUCGUUCUUUUCGGUUCCGAUAGACUGGUCAAGGAAGGUGAAUUGGUCAAGAGAACUGGUAAUAUUGUCGAUGUCCCAGUCGGUCCAGGUCUUCUGGGUAGAGUUGUCGAUGCUCUAGGUAAUCCUAUCGAUGGCAAGGGCCCUCUCGACUCCGUCGGACGUUCAAGAGCCCAAGUCAAGGCCCCAGGUAUUUUACCCAGAAGAUCUGUCCAUGAACCAGUGCAAACAGGUUUAAAAGCCGUUGAUGCUUUGGUUCCUAUCGGUAGAGGCCAAAGAGAACUGAUUAUUGGUGAUCGUCAAACAGGUAAGACCGCUGUCGCCUUAGACACCAUCCUGAACCAAAAGAGAUGGAACAACGGUAGCGACGAAUCCAAGAAACUGUACUGUGUUUACGUUGCCGUUGGUCAGAAAAGGUCCACUGUCGCCCAGCUGGUCCAAACUUUGGAACAACACGACGCCAUGAAGUACUCUAUCAUUGUUGCUGCCACUGCAUCCGAAGCUGCUCCUCUACAAUAUUUGGCUCCAUUUACCGCCGCAUCCAUUGGUGAAUGGUUCAGGGAUAAUGGUAGACACGCCUUGAUCGUGUACGAUGAUUUGUCGAAACAAGCCGUGGCAUACCGUCAAUUAUCCCUAUUGUUGAGACGUCCUCCCGGUCGUGAAGCCUACCCCGGUGAUGUCUUUUAUUUACAUUCGAGAUUGUUGGAAAGAGCUGCCAAGUUGAAUGAAAAGGAAGGUUCUGGUUCUUUGACUGCCUUGCCCAUUAUUGAAACGCAAGGUGGUGAUGUUUCUGCUUAUAUUCCUACCAAUGUUAUCUCCAUUACAGAUGGUCAAAUUUUCUUGGAAGCUGAGUUAUUCUACAAGGGUAUUAGGCCUGCCAUCAACGUCGGUUUGUCCGUCUCUCGUGUUGGUUCCGCCGCUCAAGUCAAAGCUUUGAAGCAAGUCGCUGGUUCUUUGAAAUUGUUUUUGGCCCAAUACAGAGAAGUUGCCGCCUUUGCUCAAUUCGGUUCCGAUUUGGAUGCUUCCACCAAGCAAACUUUGGUUAGGGGUGAAAGACUAACUCAAUUAUUGAAACAAAACCAAUAUUCUCCUUUGGCCACAGAAGAGCAAGUUCCAUUAAUUUAUGCGGGUGUUAACGGUCAUUUGGAUAGCAUUGAACUGUCAAGAAUCGGUGAAUUCGAAUCUUCUUUCUUGUCUUACCUAAAAUCUAAUCACGAUGAGCUUUUGACUGAAAUUAGAGAAAAGGGUGAAUUGUCCAAAGAAUUGAUGGCAUCUUUAAAGAGCGCUACUGAAUCCUUUGUUGCCACUUUUUAA